AUCACUUGUGAGCACUCUAUUUUAGGCAUGUUCUCAGAGUUGAAGUUCCCUGUGCCCUGGGGCCACGUGGCAGCCAAAGCCUGGGGACCCUCGGAAGGACACCCGGUGCUGUGCUUGCAUGGCUGGCUGGACAAUGCCAACACCUUUGACAAGCUCAUUCCAUUGCUCCCCAGAGAUUGCUAUUAUGUGGCAAUGGAUUUUUCUGGCCAUGGCUUGUCAUCCCACCGACCUGCAGGCUCCCCCUACCAUUUUCUGGAUUACGUAAGCGACGUGCGCCGGGUGGCAGCAGCUUUGCAGUGGAGACGGUUCACCCUGAUGGGUCACAGUAUGGGUGGGUCUGUGGCAGGAAUGUUCUGCUUCCUUUAUCCUGAGAUGGUGGAUAAGCUGAUCCUGCUGGAAAAUCUUGGCUUUCUGCUGGCUCCAGAGGACACUGAGGCAUGGCUGAAAUCAAAACGGAUGGUGAUUGACAGAUUACUGAGUCUAGAGGCAAAGCAGCAAACUCCCAAAGCACGGAGCCCUGAAGCAGCAUUGCAGAGGCUUUUAGAAGCAAACAGACAUCUGACAGCGGAGGGUGGGGCAAUCCUACUGCAGCGAGGAGCAACUGAGACACCCGCUGGGCUGGUGUAUAACAGAGACAUGAGAGUGCGUACGGUGAGCAUUGCUCUUCUGAUGUGGCCCCUGCUGCUUCUGAGCCCUGAGCUGACAGAAAACUCAGAGAUAGUGGAGGCCUGCUUACUGAGCCCAGGCCCUGCCUCCACCCAACUGUUUACUUUCUGCUUCCCAAAUUCCCACAUCUCUUUUAAAUGCUGCUGUUAAAAGAGCCUGCACUUGAUCAUUAACUGA